UCGAAGUCAUUGAAUACAACAACAACAACAACAACAACAUUGACAACAACAACAACAACGAGUGAAAUAGUGUUUAAUAAAUAGAGAGUUAAAAGAGUGAACAGUUGUGUGUUUCGGUAGUGAAGGAUAUGUCCGACGAAUUGGUGGCAAUUGGUUUGCCUAUUGAUUUGGCCCAUCAUUAUGAACAAUAUAAGGAUGACUCGUCGGGCAUCGACACCGGACUCUUUGAUUUGGACUUUGAUAUCGAUUUGGACGACGCGGCCGAAGAUUUUCUCGACUAUUCAAUGUAUGAGAACCGGACGGGACUGGCGGAGGACAUGAAAUUUUUGGCCUCAAUGCCUGAACUCUGCGAUAUAACGUUUCUCGUCGGUGAGACCCGGGAGCCGGUAUGUGCUGUUAAAGCAGUUUUGGCCGCCAGAAGCAGAGUAUUUCAUAAACUACUAUACGGCCAAAAGCAGCAUCAGAUCCCGGGCUCAGGUAACACGGCUAGCGGUGGCAACGCCAAGGAGACCAUUGCCAAGAAAAAGGAGUCACCAAAAGAUACAAAAUUAAAGCUAUUUCUUAAGAGAUCGUCUGAACCCAUACUCAAUGGACUGCCUUUUAAUCAACAACAGCCCUCAGUGCCAACCCAUCAGACAAUGAUAAUCGAGGAGUUUGAACCCGACGUCUUUCGGCAACUCAUUGAAUACAUACACACCGGUUGUGUUACACUUCAGGCCAGGACUCUGUUGGGUCUAAUGAAUGCGGCCGACUAUUAUGGUUUAGACGAAUUACGGCGCGCCUGUAUGGGGUUUGUCACGUGUUGUAUAACAGUCGAUACCGUCAACUCUAUACUGGCCUCAGCCGAGCGAUACAUACAAUACAAGUGCACCAAAUCUCUUGUACAACGAGUACUCGAAUAUGUGGAUAAUCACGGAAAUGAAGUGCUUAGUCUCGGGUCGUUUGCAUUAUUACCCGAACAUGUGGUACGCCUUAUACUGGCCCGGGAGGAGCUAAAGGCCGACGAAUUGCACAAAUUUCAAGCGGCCCUACACUGGAGUCAACGUUACUGCGAUGGAUCGCCCGGUGCCGCCGAUCUCAGGGACGUUAUGUCCAAUUUUUUGGAGUGUAUCGAGUUUUAUAAGAUACCCGCUUCGGUAUUGAUGCGUGAGGUCCACCCAUUAGGUGUUGUGCCCGACCACGUCAUCAUGAAUGCACUGGCAUUUCAGGCCGAUCCCAGUAGUGUCGACAUCCAUAAGAUUGAGUCACCCAACCGUUUUCGCCGUAUGACACUUCCGCACGCCUUCAACAUAGCCGGCAGUGAUCUCUUAAAGUUGCGACAAUCGGCUAACUUUUGGGCCGAACGGGCGGCCAAUAGUACAAUACAAGAGUCGUCAUCGACGGCCACAACAACUAAUCACAGCUCUGCCAACGCUAACGAAGAAAAGAAAGAGAAGGAAAAAGAGUCAAAACCGUCGAGAAUUGGAAAACGACGGCUCAGUAAACCAUUUAAACGGUCGAAGACUUUAAUGGAGAGCAGCUAA